AUGGGGGUGUACCUCGUGGACAUCGACACGUUGUGGUUUUCGUUGUUUGUUUGUGUAUUCCUCGUGAACACAAUUCGGGGCGUGGCGCACGAAAUCCGGGGAUGUCAACCGUGCCAGGCUCCCCCUGCUAUCUUGAGAGGCCUUCCCGAGAUGUCACUCAGUCCGGAUCCCGCAGAGGAUGAGAACACGUCCACUUGGGAUGCCUCAAGUCUAAAUAGUAACGGCCAACCGUAUGACCACGACGAAGACUAUGUCAGUGACGAAAACGCAAGCGACAGUGGCUACGAAUAUGCUGUCAGUUACCCCGAGGAAGGCGACGUCAGUGAUCACGAGGAAGAGUCCGUGCCUCAUAAGCCCGCCGCUCUCGACGUCGCCGACGACUAUGCGCGUACGGCUUGGGAAUAUUACCGUCGGGUGUCUUCAUCCUUCGUCAAUGCCGCAAAGACCAUCGUCCCGUCCUUGCGAAUCCCCCGGCCGCCGUCGCGGCCCCCCAUGCUUCACAAGCUCACGGAGGUGUAUGAGCCCGACUCGGAGCCCUCCGACGGCUGCUCCAGCACGAGCAGCCUGUACACCGGCGAUCCGCACGCUCUCCAACGCUCAGACACCAGCGUGACAAUCACUCCGGCUAGGAUGGCCAGAUGGCGCAAGACUCGGACCGCCCCUUCCACCGUGCUGUCUCCCUCGGACAGAAAAGCGCGUCACCAGCCGAUCUCGAUCCCCAAGCUGCGCACGAAAACCGUCGCGAACCUUCGCCGCGCUAUGACACCCCACCUGUCCUUCGAGAGCGUCCGUCGCGCGGGCAAGGCCUGCACGAGCAUAGCGGGACUCUCGCCGCGCGGGAGCCCAGGGGCGCGCUCCAGCGCAUAG